AAACUGGAUGUUCUUAAAAUCUGAAGUUCCAGUGUGCUCACUAAUACAUUCAAAGAAAAAAGUAAACAAAAUAAAAAUCAAAAUUUUUCAAAAUCCAAAAUUUAUUUCAUUAACAAUGUCUAUCGCAUCAAGAGACCACGCAAAGCAACUAUUCAAUGAAUCAAAGAGAAGACUGGCUGAUAGAGUUGGCGUUAAUGUCAAUAAUACAGCUAGUAUUGCUCGACAAAUUGUUAGAGGCUCAAAAUCAAGUGACAUACUAAUGCAAUCAGCCAAGCAUUUAGCACAGCAAGAGACAGCCUUAGAGAAUAGCGCAUCAAACUUGAUUAAAAUUCAACUGAUCCAACAACAAUUAGGAUAUCAGCAUGCUGCAAUCCGUGAAGGCUGUCAUAUAUUAGGAAAUGUUCGAGAGGCUGUUUCGAGUAUGGAAAGAUGA